AUGGAUAAAGCAGCUGGGCUCGUCGAGGGCAUCAAGAAUGUUACUCUUGGGGGAGAGGCCGCGGCCCCCGAGGCCAAACCUACGAGCGUCAAACCUAAAGGCGAAAAGAAGGCAAAGAAGGCUGCAGCGAAGGGUCCUGUCGACGCUACACCAUUGGAGCUUGAGCCUGCGCCGGAAUUCAUUCCCCAUAGAAUCCAACUUUUUGAGAAGCUCAAGGCCGAAUACGACGCUGAAAUUGCUGCAAAACCCCGUGAGGAGAUCACGGUUACUUUGCCUAACGGUUCCGUCAUCGUGGGAAAAUCAUGGGAAACCACCCCUGCAGAAAUCGCACGAAACAUAGCCAAGAGCCUUUUCGAGAAGACUGUGAUUUCUAGAGUUGAUGGUCAAUUGUGGGAUAUUGAAAGACCCUUGGAGAAAUCAUGUUCUUUGGAAUUGCUUGACUUUGAAAACCCAGAAGGAAAGCGCGUCUUCUGGCACUCCUCUGCCCAUGUUCUCGGUGAGGCUGCUGAGCGCAGGUUUGGAUGCCAUCUUUGUCUUGGCCCCCCGACAGACGACGGUUUCUUCUACGAGAUGGGACUCGGCGAAGGCGAGGCUGUCACUGCUGCGGAUUACAAGCCACUAGAAACCAUUGCGCAGAAGGCCAUCAAAGAGAAACAGCCGUUCGAGCGUUUGGUAGUUUCAAAGGAAAACUUGCUUGAAAUGUUCAAGCACAACAAGUACAAGCAGGUCUUGAUCGGGUCAAAGGUUCCGGAUGGUACUAGUACUACUGUUUACAGGUGUGGACCUUUGAUUGAUCUUUGUGUUGGGCCCCACGUUCCACACACCGGUAGGAUAAAGACCUUUCAGGUUAUGAAGAACUCAUCAUCUUACUUCCUCGGCGAUGCCGCGAAUGACUCAUUACAACGUAUUUACGGUAUCAGUUUCCCGGAUAAGAAGCAGAUGGAUGAGCACAAGAAAAUGUUAGAGGAGGCGGCCAAGCGCGACCAUCGCAAGAUUGGAAAAGAACAAGAGCUCUUCUUCUUCCACGAACUCUCCCCUGGGUCAUGCUUCUUCCUUCCUCAUGGUACAAGAAUCUAUAACACCUUGGUCGAAUUUCUCCGUUCGGAGUACUGGAAGCGUGGUUAUGAGGAAGUAAUUACCCCGAAUAUGUAUAACUCGAAGCUCUGGGAAACCAGUGGACAUUGGCAGAACUACCAGGAGAACAUGUUCACAUUUGAAGUCGAGAAGGACAAGUUUGGUCUCAAGCCUAUGAACUGCCCUGGGCAUUGUUUGCUGUUUGGACACCGCGAGAGGAGUUACCGCGAACUCCCAUGGCGGGUUGCGGAUUUUGGAGUUAUUCACCGUAAUGAGUUCUCUGGCGCCCUUACCGGAUUGACCAGAGUGAGAAGAUUCCAGCAGGAUGAUACCCACAUCUUCUGUACCGAGGAUCAGGUUGGGCAGGAGAUUCACGGACUUUUUGAUUUCCUGAAGCAUGUCUACGGGCUGCUUGGUUUUACUUUCAAGCUGAAACUUUCUACUCGUCCGGAGAAGUUCGUUGGUGAUAUCGCGACUUGGGAUAUGGCGGAAAACCAGUUGAAGACCGCUCUUCAGGAGUUCACUGCUGCUGGUGGGGGACAAUGGGAACUUAACCCUGGUGAUGGUGCUUUCUACGGCCCGAAAAUUGACAUUACCAUCUCUGAUGCUCUUCGCCGUGAUCAUCAAUGUGCUACAAUUCAACUCGACUUCCAGCUCCCGCAGAGGUUCAAGCUUGAGUACAACACCGGUGAGGUCGUCAAAGCAAAAGAUGAGGCGGGCAAUGAAGAAGUUUCGCAUUACAAGAGGCCCGUCAUGAUCCAUAGAGCCAUCUUCGGAAGUGUUGAGCGUUUCAUUGCUAUUUUGACUGAGCACUUUGCAGGGAAGUGGCCUUUCUGGUUGAGUCCAAGGCAAAUCCUCAUUAUCCCUGUUAUGGCUGCUGCGAAUGAUUACGUCGUAGAGCUCCAGUCAUUGUUCAGAGCUAAGCUUAUGCAUGUGGAUAUUGAUGUUGGUCCGAACACAAUGGCAAAGAAGAUUAGAACUGGACAACUUCAGCAGUAUAACUUCAUCUUCGUUGUCGGCGCCACGGAAAGAGACACGAGGACAGUAAACAUCAGAAACAGAGACGACCCAGAGACCCAAGCUAAGGGAGAGCUCAUCCCAGUUGAAGAGGCUUUGGAGAAAAUUUGCAAACUUAGAGAUGAGAGGAGGGCUGUAAACUCUAUUUAG